GUCAGCAAUUCUGAUAAAUAAUAAUGCAGUUUUUAGUUUUCAAUUUGUGUUUAAUUGUUAAAAACAUUUAUGUUUGUAAUUUAUAGUUUGUUUUAUGCGUUGAAGCCAUGGCUUAUGUUAAUGUGAAAGAUUGGCCGGUAGACCAAGUUAUGUACUGGUUGAAAGGCCUGGAUAAUGUAAUUUUUCAGUACCAAGCCUCAUUUUUGAAUAAUGGUGUUACCGGGCAACAUUUAUUAAAUCUACGUGCAGAAGAUUUGGAGAACCUGGGAGUAAAAAAGUUAGGUCAUCAAGAGAUUAUUUUAGAAGCCGUGGAGCAUCUCAGAAAUAUUCAUUAUGAACUUAACACAGAGAAUUUGCAAAUGCUUGCUUUGAAGCUUUCAUGUGCAGCUAAUUCGUUAUACAAAGAACUUUUAUUAGUAGAUGAAAGGAGUGAUUCUGUGAAAACUCAAGUUAUGUCAGAUGUUCAUAAUAUAGUGGCUGCAAUAAAACCUUUAGUCUUAUGGCUUGAUAGAUCACCUUUUACGGGUGACAAAGACUAUUUAGACAACAAAAAGGAAUUAUUGCAAUUAAGCUUUGAGAUGGCCUAUGUUGCACAUAGGGGAAAAUUCUCAGAGAAUCCCGUAUUAGAUAUUAAAAAAAGUUGUGAAAAACUUGCAAAAAUAGCUGAUCAUAUUAUACAAGAUAUAUGCGACCCAAUGAUAUUACAGCCUGCAUCUUUAGAUUUAGCAACGUUGAAAAAGAAGGAGCAAGAUCUUGGCUUUUAUAUUAUGCCUAAUUAUCAUCCCAUACAUCAAAUUGUUGAUAUUAAAUUUGGUUCUCCGGCUCAUGGUAGUACAAAAAUUGAAGAAGGUGAUGAAAUAGUACAGGUUAAUUAUCAAACAGUCGUUGGAUGGCAGGCUAAAAAAGUUAUGCAUCUGUUACAAGAACAGUCGCCAGAAAUUGUAUUGACAUUAAAAAAGAGACCUCGGCAUUCAAAAGUUUAUGGUCAAAUCUAUAUGAAACCGUAUAGAUUACCCAGUAGAAAGAGAGGCACCGAAAACUGGUCAAAAUGGAAUGAUAAUUUACCCUCCCCAAGGUUAUUGCCAAUUAUUGACUUGCCACCUAUUACAGUAACAAAAUCUGAAGAGGAAAUCAGUAAUGUUGAAGCUGAAUUAAGCAGUAGUGAUAGUGAACCUCCAGAUAGUCCGCUGGAGGGUACUUUUCGCAUGUAUCCUAUUAAACCUAGACCUAUUUUGCAAAGGAGGAAUACAAUUACAGGAACGACACCUACCAACAAGAGACCAAACACAUCAAUUGAACAGUACUGGGAUUUUUUGCAAUCGUGCGCAACCAGCAAGCAAUCGUCUAGUUUCUACGACAUAGACAAAGCCAGGUUUGAAGAGGAAUCACGUAUUUUGAGAGAUAAAAGUGCAUCUUGUAAUGUAGGCUUAGAUGUCAGUCCAAGGCCAACAACAGUCAUAGGUUUAUCGCGUAAUCGUAGAAAAAAGAGUCUCAAAGAAAGCUUCAAGGGAAAAGAUAGAAGUGAAAGAAGUAGCACCAAGAAAAGGGUUAAUUUUGAUGAUGCCAGUGAAGAAAUGAAAAAUAGGAAUGGGUCUUUGGCUAAGAUCGAUAAUAAACUGGAUUUACUGGAUAUCAAAAUUCACGAUACUAAUUUAAAUGAGGAAAAAAGCGUUAGCGUCAAUAGUUUGUCUAGUGUUCAUAACGAAACUAUUAGUUUUAUUGAUGAGGGGCGUGAUUUAACUGACCGAUCUAGUAUGGUUUCGACUUUAGAUAAAGAAACGUCUUUAACACAGACAUUCGACGAUCAGAAGAAGAUAUCUCCACCUAAACCUAGAGUAAUGCCUCGAAUUCAAGCUAGGAAACCUCCCGAGAUACCUACGAAACCUGAAAGUAAGAAACCGUUGGUUCCUCCGAGGAGUUCUACAACUAAAUUAAGAGGGAGAUUGGACAAGAGCCAUAGUACACCUGCCUACGAUUUGACAGACGAAGAACCACCACAGCAGGUAGAAAAUCCUCACAUUAAAAUUGAAAAGCUUCCUGACGUUAUUCCAAAAAUUUCCGAGACAAUUCCUGAAAGUUCGCCUUUAGAGAAUUCUGAUGGGUUUUUUCCGGCCGAAGAAAAAUCCAGUUCCGGUACGGAACUUCAAGAAACAUCAGUUAUCGUGGUUUCUCAGGGAUCUUUAGAGAGUAUAACAGAUUCGAAUAUAGUAAGAGGCAAUAUUCUUUCGGAUGUAGAUUUACCACCAAAACCUCCUCCGCGAAAAUCUAUAGAUAGUAUAAAGUCAGUCAAUUUACCGGAAAGUCCUAAACCAGCACCACCGAUACCCCGAACACCCAAAGGUGUCCAGUCGACACCAAAGAAGACUUUUGAUUUUCCUGAAACCAACGUCGAUAUUAAGAAAAUGGGCAGCAUGCAAUCUAUUCACUCUACAGAUUCGAACGAUUACCUGGUUCCGAUUCAGGUUAAGCAAUCGUUUGAUUUGCAGAGAAGUUUUGGCAAGACUUCCUCUACUCCUAAAGGCAGAGGGGAAUAUGAAGGGGACGCGGGAAGUCCAUUAAAGAGUACUCCUUACGAUGUACAUAGACAUGCCGAGAGUAAAGUUUCUCCCACCAAUAGUAUUGUUAAAGCCAUGAUAUCAAACAAACCAAGGUCAGCGAAGAAAAGAAUAAUUUAAUUGCAACGGAGGAGAGUGACAGUAAAUGAUCUGUCUCCUCCCGACAACCAGGGAUACCUAUACCAGAGGCUUCGUGGCAAGCACAACCAGAACGUGCAUUGGGAGAAAAGGUGGUUUGUGUUAUUAGGAAGUUAAUUGUAUGGUUACAAAAAAUAAAGAUUAAAAAAAAAAAAUUAUCUUUAUUUUUCUCUGACUGAUUUUACGGUUUCAUUGGCUAAUGAAGUAAAAUCCAGAUCAAACGCGUUCCGAGUAUACCACACCGGUACUGUAUUCUAUUUUUCUGCUGAUGAUCCUGACACUCUACAGGUUUGGAUUGAUAUGAUUCAUACCGCCUGCCUUCAUCAUGACGCUCACUCUAAAAACCACGACGACAAGUUGUACUCGGAAACUGACGAUUCUGAUACAGAGAAACCUAAAACAGUCACUCCAGAGAAAUCCGAUUCGUUAAAAAAAUUCGGAUCUUUAAAAAAGUUUAGUUUGAAAAAGGCCUCGACCGAUACGCCGCACACUGGGAGCACCAGCCUCGAUCGAAAAUGGUUCUUUAAUAAAUCCAGUAGUAAUACAAAGAACAGUGUUCCAGUUCCCACAUCUCAGUUUAGGUCGUACCGGAAAGUAAGAAACGAACCGACGCAUGCCAGUGUUCGAACAGGGAAUUUUACCUCUCACGUGCCUAUUUUUGGUCCUUCAAACUUGCACCAAGCGCAGAACAUCAGCGUUCCAAAUCUAACUGUGGAACACAUUAUCAGAACGCCACCUUUAAGCAGAUACCGCAACAAAGCAAAAAAGGAGUUGAUGAAUCGGCAGUCGGAAGAGAGCAGAACCAAUCCCCAUCGUGAGUUUGAAGAAACUAAAAUUGAUUUGAGCAUGAUUAAAGCAGAUGUCGUCUAUGGGGAAGUACCAAUUAGAGUUCAACCAAGACCUUCUAUCGAUGAACACGAGGAUGUUUUUGGAACUCCCCCGCUUUCUCGUUCUGCAUCUCAAUCAGAAAAACACGAAUCUAGUAGCUCUUGUUUUGGCAAAAGGUUAGGUUCUCUGAAGCGGAGCCAGCAUAAAGAUGAACAUUCCGAGGGCAAACUUUUAAAUUACCCUAGAGCCAUAAAAGGAUUAGAAAGCAAAUCUAACCGAAGUUUACCUCGGGCCUUGAAAAUCCAGGAAGGGCCAAGGGACUGUGAUGAAUACACCAUUUCGCAUUUACAUUAUUCUUCAGAUAAAAAUUUGUCUAGAAAAAAAAUCAUACGAGAGAUGAUUUAUUGUCCUGAAACAGUAAACGAAAGCCAGUUUGCUCAAAAUCGGAUUUUGGAUGAUACCAAAGUCAAGAAACGCCGAAAAAGAUAUAUCCCAAUAUCCUUGCCUUUAGGUCCAGAGAGAAACAAAUCCACUCCAAAGCUGGCCUUUGAAUUGAAUAUUGAUGACAAACAAAGCAAGAGCACUGGUAAACUUUCAAAAAUCUUCAGUGGCAAGGCGGAAAAGAAAGAAAAAACUUUCUUGGGCUCACCUAAACUACAUCGAGCCAUUUUUGGCAGGUCCAGUGGUGCUAAAGAGGGGGCUUGGACUCCAUCUAGCUCACAGCAAUCAAUUUCAAUGUCGCAAAGUUCAACGUCACUGGAUAAAUCCCCACCCAUGUUGCCACAACAGCACUCUGCAUCAAUUAGGCCUCACGCCGAUUACCCAGGUCUAGAAUACCCGCCGGUAUUCCAACCCGAGACGUAUUCUCUUUCGGCCGAUCCGCAAACCAGUUUAAAUAUUUUUAAGGAACAAACAAAAAGCGACGACACAGACAACGACAGCACGUCGAGCUUGAUUAGCUUUUGUUGGAUAUUGCCAAUAUGUAACAGCUAAGUACAAUAAUUAGAAAUAUAUAUUAU